GCAAUUUGAACACUUGACUAGUAUUAUAUGACUAUCUGUGUAGAUUCUCGGAAACAAUCAGAGUCAUAGAUUUAUAGAUUUAUUCAUCGUAAGCCUAGCCUAACAUAGUAGCCCAGGAUCCCAAUCUCCAUUCUGUUCAAACCCUCUUCAUUCUGGUAUAUAUUAUUCUUUUAAAAAAAAAUCUGUGGGAAUCACUGGUUGAAGCAAUGGAUGCAACCCAAAUUGCAAUAUGGAAUACAACGACAGAAGCUGUAAUGAAUAUGGUAAAAUCUGCAUCCGACUGGAUAACAUUUGCAAUCGAUGCUCCUUCUGCUCGAACCGUAGUUUUUGGAGUGCACAUUGGAGGGCAUCUUUUUGUGGAGGGUCUUCUCUUUGUAGUUAUUCUCUUCCUACUUUCCCAGAAAAGUUAUAAGCCACCCAAACGACCAUUAACAGAUAAGGAAAUUGAUGAGCUGUGUGAUGAAUGGGUUCCCGAAUCCCUCAUUCCACCUAUAACCGAAGAUAUGAAAUGUGAGCCACCUGUUCUGGAAAGUGCUGCAGGGACACAUACAGUGAUCAAUGGUAAAGAGGUCGUGAAUUUUGCUUCUGCAAAUUACCUUGGAAUUAUCGGGCAUGAAAAGUUACUUGAAUCUUGUACUACAUCACUAGAGAAAUAUGGUGUUGGUUCUUGCGGUCCUCGUGGCUUUUAUGGAACAAUCGAUGUUCACCUUGAUUGUGAGGCCAAAAUAGCCAAGUUUUUAGGAACUCCAGAUUCCAUAUUAUACUCAUAUGGACUUUCCACCAUGUUCAGUGCAAUUCCAGCAUUUUGUAAGAAAGGAGACAUCGUGAUUGCUGAUGAAGGUGUCAACUGGGGAAUACAAAAUGGCCUAUUCCUUUCUAGAAGUACUAUAAUAUACUUUAAGCAUAAUAACAUGGAGUCUUUACAAAAUACUCUCGAAAAAGUAACUCGUGAUAAUAAGAGAGCAAAGAAGCUAAGGCGCUACAUUGUGGUCGAAGCUGUAUAUCAGAAUUCUGGUCAAAUUGCUCCACUAGAAGAAAUCAUCAGGCUCAAAGAAAAAUAUUUAUUCCGUGUAUUGUUGGAUGAGAGCAACUCAAUUGGUGUGCUUGGUAGUUCUGGUAGAGGUUUAACUGAACAUUGCAGGGUUCCGAUUGAGAAGAUAGAUAUAGUGAUGGCUGCCAUGGGAAAUGCUUUGGCUACGGAAGGCGGAUUCUGCACAGGGAGUACUAGAGUUAUUGACCACCAACGCCUCAGUAGUUCUGGCUAUGUCUUCUCAGCUUCGUUGCCCCCGUACCUAGCUAGUGCUGCAAUCACUGCUAUUAAUAUUCUGGAAGACAGUCCUCAACUGAUUACGAACCUAAAGAAAAAUAUAAGCAUACUGCACAAAGGACUAUCAGAUAUAAGGGGUCUUGAAAUUGCCAGUGAUAAAGAGUCUCCCAUUGUUUAUCUCAGGCUAAGAAAAUCAACUGGUUCACUUAAGAGUGACCAACAAUUGCUUGAAGAUGUUGUUGAACGCUUAUUGAAGGAAGAGAAUAUCUUUGUAACAACUUCGAAAAGAUCUACACUUGAUAAAUGCAAUUUGCCUACUGGGAUUAAAUAUUUCGUCUCUGCUGGUCACACUGAAUCUGAUCUAACAAAAGCAUAUGAAUCAAUGAAGAGGGUGGCAGCGAAAGUCUUAGAUGGUGGUGACUAACAUUUUCAAAUACACCAUAUGUGAAAUCCAACGCCUCGAGUCUGAGUGGAGCAAGGAUCUCAUGGGAGAUUAUGCUGCAAGCCAGUUUAAAAUCUAUGUGAUUUUGAAUUAUAAUAUAAUUUCAGGUCCUGCGUUCAUGCAAAAAGGGUGGCAUAUACUUUGAACUUGGAUGGCAAGACGAUAGGCCUGAUAGUAAUUUGUUGGCCUAGGAGCUGUGCAUAUUCUUUAUUGAUAUCGAUGUCAUAUUAUUUUAUUGGUAUCAAGUAAUCGUAUUUAUAAUAUUUCUGAAAAUUGGAAAACAGUGUUUGUCAGAUCAGUUGAUCAUUGUUCGUUUAA